AUGUCUACCGACACCUCAACGGGAGCGAGUGAGGACCAGCGAGCCUCGCUGACCUCUCGGGUCCUUCCUAUUAUGACCCUGUCGAAGGGAUCAAGUUCCCUCACUCGUCCCCUCACUCCGGUACCCUUUACAUCUGCUCGCUCACGUGCCGAAAUGCGAUUUCAAGUUCACGGAAAAGCCAUAGUCACCGGCGGAGCAGGAGCACUAGGCCUAGUCUCAGCGCAGGCUCUCUUGGAGCACGGUCUUUCCUCGCUGUGUAUCAUGGAUCUCCCCAAGACUCUGGAAACAUCAGAAGAACAAAUCCAAUCACUAGCAUCGAAAUUUCCCUCUGCGAAUGUAACCAAAAUCCCCUUGGACGUGACCUCGAUGGAAUCAAUCGAAGCCGCAUUUGAACGGGCAAACACAACAAUGGAAGGCAUCGACAUCCUCUGCUGCUUCGCUGGAAUCCCUGGGUGCCAAUCAUCCCUCACAGUAACACCCGACCAGUUUAAUAGAGUGAUAGACGUGAACCUGAACGGAUCUUUCUUCUGCGCUCAGGCAGCAGCAAAGCGAAUGGAAUCCUCGGGCAAAGGCGGGUGCAUUUUGUUUACUGCGUCGAUGUCCGCUCACUAUACCAACUUCCCCCAGCCACAGGCUGCUUACAAUGCGAGCAAGGCUGGGGUUGCGCAUCUGACUCGAAAUCUGGCUGCUGAGUGGGCAGUUCAUGGGAUCAGAGUGAAUAGUAUUAGUCCUGGAUAUAUGGAUACUAUUCUCAAUGCCGGGGACAGUUUGGCGGAUGUUAGAAAGAUUUGGGAUGCUCGUUGUCCGAUGGGCCGGAUGGGGGAUCCCGAGGAGAUUACUGGGGCUGUUGUUCUUCUGUGUAGUCAGCGUGCAGGACGGUACAUCACUGGUGCGGAUAUUGUUAUUGAUGGGGGCACUUUGACUCUGUAA